AUGACCACGCAACAGUCAGACAAAGAUUCAUAUUCAACUGGAAACAAUUCCGGUAACUCGCCUCAACACGAAACUAGAUAUUUUUCUAAAAGAGCUAGAGAAAUUCAAGCAGAAGAAGGUAUCACUUCUGCUUAUCGUUCCGGUGCUCUUCCUCCUCCAUCGUUCUCUACAAAUGGAGCUUUUAAUAAUGGAACCCUUCUUUCAGAUUCUGCUGCUAGUGCAUCCCUUGAAUUUUUAAAUUUGAAGUCAGUUGGUACUAAAACUUCUACCCCAAAUGGUAGUAGCCAAGACCAUCUGUCUUCAUAUCCUUCUUCUUUUCGUCGUACACGUGCAGAUACUUUACCUUCUUCUUUGUCACGUCCUCCUAUUAUUCAUGGACAUAAUCCCACUUCCUCUUUAUCAAUGUCUAAUUCUAUGAAUCCUUCGUCUGCCGCAAAUUUACUUACUCCUCCUAAAGCCAAUUCUCGUCUUCGUUCAGGAUCACUUACAUUACCAUCUUCAUCUCUUUCUGCUGCGUUUGGACCAUCUAUUUUUACUUCUGGAUGGUCAGAUCAUCGAAGUGAGUCGAACGGUCCCCCAACUCCACCUAUGCAAACUCCUACUACGGGUGAUUUGCUUCGUGGUGAUGAAAAUAACACUGUUGGUAAAACCUUAGAUUAUUUAGGUUUAGAUGAUCAUGAACAUGGUGGUGGUUCAGGACUUUCAAAAAUUUCUACAAGUUCUGGUAACCUUCCGCAAAUUAAAGUUGAAAUGAAAAAUUCUGCUCCUUCCUACACUUCCUCUGGUGGUAGUAUUCCAAAUAUUCCUGCUCUUCGUAGAGAUGCAAACAGAAUACGUUCUUAUUCUGUUUCUGCAACAGCAAAAUAUGAUGAACCACCUGUUACCACUACUAUGACCACAAAUAAUUUAUUUCCUCCGGGUUCUGCUGCAGUCCAACAAUUCCAUCAAACCCAUUCCAGACCUCGCGCCAUUAGUUUGGGAAUUUUAGAUUUGCCUAAUGAUAUUAUGAUGAUGCGUCAAAGUAGAAAUAGUCAAAUGUAUAAUGAUUUACCUGAUUCCAAUAAAGGUGUGGGAACUACAAGUUCAUCUAGAUCCCUUGGAGGUGAACAAUUGUUGGGAAUGAUGCUCGUUGGCGCUAUGGAAGGUAAAAAGAAGCAACAACAAGCAAUUCAUAUGGAUGAUGAUUAUUUGUUAGUUGAUCAUGAUGAUAUGGAGAUGCCACGAUCUGGCGUUUCUACCCCGCGUGAUCAUACUUCUGAUCAUUCACAACAAGGCACUCCUCCACCGCAGACACCAACUCGUUCUUUAUGGAUUGGAAAUAUUGACCCAAAUCUUAGCACUCAGGACCUUAUGCAACUUUUUUCACCAUAUGGAUCCAUUGAAAGUCUUAGACUUUUACCUGAUAAAGAGUGUGGUUUUGUUAAUUUUGUUCGUGUUGAGGAUGCUGUUAGAGCUAAAGAUGAUAUUAUGAAUAGAAUGGGAGGACGUGUUGGAAAUUGUAUUGUUCGUGUCGGUUACGGUAAAGCUGAUGCAUUGAACAAUCAUGACCUGUCACCUUCAUCUCAAACUCAACUUCAACCCACACGGGCUCUUUGGGUUGGAAAUAUUCCUACUUCCACAACACCUCAGACCUUACAGAAUAUUUUUUCACCGUUUGGAGCAAUUGAAUCGGCCAGGGUCCUAACGCAUAAGAAUUGUGGUUUUGUUAAUUUCGAGAAAUUGGAUGAUGCUGUCAAAGCAAAGAAAGCUUUGCAUGGUAAAGAGGUUCUUGGAAGUGCUGUUGGUCCUGUCAGAAUUGGUUUUGCUAAGGUACAACCUAAACCCUCUCCUACAUCGACUCCCGAACCAGGGUCUCCGGCUAUGCGUCAUAUUAGAAAUCUUUCGUCCUCAUCAUCCUCUUCUAAUAACCAAAAUUCUGGUGCAACGAAUAAUACCGCAAAUGGUCUUACCGAGAAACAAUUGAUGAUGCGUGAAUUAAGUGGCGGAGUUGAUGACGACAUUGACGACGUUAAUGAAAAUCGUCCUCCUACAACAUAUUUCACCUCUAUCCCACCUGUUGGAGAUCCCAAUCCAAACCGCAAACCAGAUGCUUCUAGGUUAAGAGAAAUUCGAAAACGUUUAGACAGUGGACAUUGUGCCGCUAAGGAAGUUGAAGCUAUCGCUGCUGAAGUUUUAGAUGAAUGUGUUGAAUUAUCAAGUGAUUACAUUGGAAACACAGUUAUUCAAAAGUUAUUUGAACGUUGUACUGAGAAUACAAAGACUAAAAUGCUAGAAAAGAUCGCUCCUCAUUUGGCUACCAUUGGUAUUCACAAGAACGGUACUUGGGCUGCACAAAAAAUCAUUGAUUGCGCCAAAACUCCCGCUCAAAUGCAACUCAUUACUUCCAAUGUCAAGGCAUAUACUCCUCCGCUCCUGUUGGACCAAUUUGGAAAUUAUGUAGUACAAUGUUGCUUACGCCUUACCGCUCAACGUAAUCAAUUUAUUUUCGAUGCAAUGGUAGAUCGAUGUUGGGAAAUAGCACAAGGCCGUUUUGGUGCGCGUGCAAUGAGAGCCUGUUUAGAAAGUCAACAUGUAACUAAAAAGCAGCAGAAACAAGUAGCAAUCUCUAUUGUCAUGAAUGCUGUGCCAUUAUCUACUAAUCCGAACGGUGCAUUAUUAUUAACAUGGAUGCUUGAUACUUCUUCAUUCCCUGGUCGCUAUCGUGUUUUAGCUCCACGCCUUGCUCCUCAUUUAGCACAUUUAUGUACACACAAGCUCGCAUCACUGACUGUUCUCAAGAUUAUUAAUCAACGACAAGAACCAGAUGCACGUGACCUUACGAUCACGUCAUUGUUUUUCUCCGCAAAUGACCAAGUGUUAGAAGAUGUACUUAGCGAUCAAGUUCACGGAGUUGGUGUUGUACAAAAGGUAUUGGCCAGUCCAUAUGUAGAUCCUUCUGAAAAGACACGGUUAGCCGAAAAAGUGAAAUUUGUCUUGGGAAAAUUAAAGGUCCAGCAAGUACAAGGAUAUAAACGCCUACUUGAAGAACUAGGUAUGGUAGGAGAUCCAACUCUUGGUAGUACACCUUUGAAUUCCGUACCUUCUCAAGUUGGUAUUCCUCCACAAGGUGUGUUCCCUAAUCCCUUGCCACCAGAUUUAGCUGCCGCUGCUGCUUAUUAUGCUGCAGCACAAGCUGCUUUUGCAAAUCAACAAUUGCAGCAAGUUGCUUCAGGAACUCCAUCACCGGAAAUUAAUGGUGCCUCACAUGAACAACUUGGAUCUCAAUCUUCAAUCCAUCCUUCUUCAAGCGAGGGAUCAUCAUCAAAUUCAGCUGCACAAGUCUCCACAUCUGUAGCAUCCACGCCUUCGUCUGCAUAUCCACCAACACCAAUGUUUAUGAAUAAUAUGCCGAUGUCUCCUCAUCCUCAUUCACCAUUUCCACCUACUUCACCUUAUCCGCACAUGAGUCCUUUCCCACCUUUCAUCCAUCCAUCAGCAUUAGCGGCAGUAGCAGCUGGAAUGUAUGGACAUCCCGCCGCAAUGUUCAGCCCAGCAGCUUAUCCUUAUAUGCUCGCAGCUACAAGUGCUAUGCCACCACCAAUGAUGAAUACACCACCUACCCCGGUCGAAGUCACAGUCCAAGCUCAACAAUAA